AGCCCCUGCCCGCACACGCGACGCGCAAUGGCACCGGUGGCGUUGGGGGCAGGUGGAGACUUCACGUCCCCGCCUCCCCCCUCUCCCGUCUCCUUCCCCCGACACGCGCACACAUAAACACCUCUGCCUUCGCCUACAAGCCUCCCCAGCAAGUCAACCACCUUUCCACCUCCUCGCGUGCGUCCCGCAGUGGCGUGACGCCGUGGUGCGCCUCCUAUAUAGACAGACGCGCGCGCGGGUCUCUGCAGCAAGAAACAGAGGGGGGACACGCACGCACGGCGCAGACAAGGCAAGCAAGGCGAGUGGAGCUUAGCGUGAUCUUGCUUCGCCUUUGCUUGUGUCGCGGAGAAGCAGCGGGUGGUGUACGUAGCUGCUGCGGUUGGAGUUUGGCCAUGGCGGAUCACCAGAGGAUCCACCCGGUGGACCUGGAGGCCGGGCGGAAGCCGUCGGCGCCGCUGGUGCCAGAGGGCUCGUUCCGGUCGGACAAGGGCGAUCCGGCGCAGCGCGCGGACCACCAACAGCGGCGAGGCUACGGCCAAGGCCACUUGCCGCCCCCGCCGCGCCGCGUCGCGCCGCCUGUGCCCCCGCUGCCACCGCCGAGGCGGCAUCGCCGGGGCUGCUGCUGCCGGUUCAUCUGCUGCAUAAUCGUGACCGUGGUCGUGCUCGCCGUGCUCGCCGCGGCGGCGGUCGGCGCGCUGUAUCUGGUGUUCGACCCCAAGGCGCCGAGGUACUCGGUGGACCGCCUCUCCGUGUCGGCGUUCCAGGUCGACCCGACGACCCUGACGGCGCGCGCGGGGUUCGACGUGACGGUGACGGCGACGAACCCGAACGCGCGCAUUGGCAUCUACUACGAGCCCGGGUCCAGCCUGGGCGUGUGGUACGAGUCCUACCGGCUGGCGCGGGGCGCGCUGCCGGCGUUCUACCAGGGCCACCGCAACACGACGGUGCUGGCCCUGGCCAUGGGCGGGGACGUGCAGCUCGGCAGCGCGGUGGUGACGGCGCUGCAGGACGCGCAGCGGACGGGCGCCGUGCCGCUGGUGUUCCGCGCCGACGUGCCGGUGCGGGUGGAGCUCGGCACCUUCAAGCUGUGGAAGGUGACGUCCAGGGUGCGGUGCGAUCUCGUCGUGGACAGGCUCAUGGACGUGAACAGCCCCAUCAAGAUCAAGGCCAGCAACUGCAAGUUCAGCUUGAAGCUGUGAAUUUGUGAUCGAUUCAUUGCUUUGUUCUCGAUUUCUUUGGGUUUGUUGGAUUCUUUUGGCCGAGUGCCUAUUUGCGCAGGUGCACUCGCGCGCCACCGUGUCGUGUUCAUCUCGUGUAUGUACAGGUGAUACUCCAGAGGAAUAAUAUGCACGACUAGAUCUUUA